CGCCUGCCGGGCCGGGACCCCGCGGGAGCCUCGCCGGAGCCGCCGCUCCAUCCCGGAAAGUAAGCCCUGGCGCCUGCUCGCCGCCUCCGGGAGGGAGCCCCCGUGCGCCCCGGCUGCAGGCGGGGUGCCCGGCCGGUGCCGAGCGCCCCUUCCCGGCAGCGGCAGCCCCGACGGCCCCGGGAUGCCGUCGAGCCCCGGUCGAGAGCGGCCACCGGAUCCCGGGGAGAGGUGCCGGGCACGGUGGGUUGGGUGUUUCCUUUCCGCGCUCACCUCCUUUUCCCUCGGUGACCCGCGCUUGAACCUGCACCGGUAGGCUGAGACGGACGGCUGCCCGCGGCUCCUUCCUCCGCGGCCGGGCAGAAAUACAAGCCGGGCUUUUCGAGGUGAACCAGGGAGCAGCGGAGGCUCCUCCGCCGAUGCGGCGGCACAGUGGCAGCUCUGCCCCGCGGGCCACCGGGCAGCCCCAGCGCAGUGGGACCGCCCGCCCCGUCCGGCCCCUGCACCGGCCCGGCUUCUCCCGGCUCUGCUCGCUCGCCUUUCCCGGCCGGCGACAGCAGCCCGCGGGCGAAGGAGCCCCGCAGCUUGCAGAGCGCACCGGCACCAGCCGGGGAGCGCCCCCGGGGAUCGGCGCCUCCGGGCAGCCGGGUGCUGGAGCGGGGCAUUUCUCUAACGAGCAUCGGCGAUAAAUCCGAAGAGGCGGCUGCCAGCGGGCCCCGCAGCCCGGUGUGCCAAGCCCGGUGCGGCGGGGAGCGAGCCCCGCGCUGCCGCCGCCGUGCCCGGCAGCACCUUUCUCCCCCCCCCCACCCCCCCCGGGCGGCUGUCUGCGGCGGGCGGGAUGCGCCCCGCAAAGCAAAUAGUUAAAGAUUUUGGGGGGAGGAGCCAGGCCGCAAUCCGCAAUUAAAGAUGAACUUUGGGUGAACUAAUUUAUCGGACCAAGGUAGGGUGGGCAGCAACCUGGGAAGGGUAUAAAAGGCGGCCCGCGGCGAGCACGGCCCGCGCACUCGGAGCUCCCGGGGGGUCGGGCUGGACUCGCUCCCCAGCCAUGGGCUUCUCCGCCCUGCUCGCCAGCGCCCUGUGCACCUUCCUGCUGCCCCUUCUACUUUUUCUGGCCGCCGUCAAGCUCUGGGACCUGUACUGUGUGAGCGGCCGCGACCCCAGCUGCCCGCUGCCGCUGCCCCCGGGCACCAUGGGGCUCCCCUUCUUCGGGGAGACGCUGCAGCUGGUGCUGCAGGUAAGGCGAGGCGGGGAGCGGGGAAGCGCCCCGGCUCCUCCUUUACCUGCAGGGGAGGGAGAUAAGCGGCGGCCUCUCCGGGCUCCCGUGCCUAGGUGGGAAAGAGCUGCUCUCCCUGCCCCUUCCUCUCCUUUUUUAGAUUUAUUUUAUUAUUCCUCCCCUUCCCCUGUCCAGAGGCGGAAAUUCCUGCAGAUGAAGCGCAGGAAAUACGGCUUCAUCUACAAGACUCACCUCUUCGGGCGGCCCACGGUGCGGGUGAUGGGCGCCGAGAACGUGCGGCACAUCCUGCUGGGCGAGCACCGGCUCGUCUCCGUGCAGUGGCCCGCCUCGGUGCGCACCAUCCUGGGCUCGGGCUGCCUUUCCAACCUCCACAACGGGCAGCACAAGCACCGCAAAAAGGUGAUCAUGCGGGCCUUCUCCCGGGACGCCCUGCAGCACUACGUGCCCGUCAUCCAGGAGGAGGUGAGCGCCUGCCUGACACAGUGGCUGGGCGCCGCCGGGCCCUGCCUGCUGGUGUACCCCGAGGUGAAGCGCCUCAUGUUUCGCAUCGCCAUGAGGAUCCUGCUGGGCUUCCAGCCCUGCCAGGCCAGCCCCGACAGUGAGCAGCAGCUGGUGGAGGCCUUCGAGGAGAUGAUCCGCAACCUGUUCUCCCUCCCCAUCGACGUGCCCUUCAGUGGGCUCUACCGGGGCUUGCGGGCACGCAACAUCAUCCACGCCAAGAUCGAGGAGAACAUCCGUGCCAAGAUGGCCCGCAAGGAGCCUGAGGGCGGCUACAAGGAUGCACUGCAGCUGCUGAUGGAGCACACGCAGGGCAACGGGGAGCAGCUCAACAUGCAGGAGCUGAAGGAGUCUGCCACAGAGCUGCUGUUUGGGGGCCAUGAAACCACUGCUAGUGCUGCCACGUCGCUGAUAGCCUUCCUGGGGCUCCACCAUGACGUCCUGCAGAAAGUGAGGAAAGAGCUGCAGGGCAAGGGGUUACUGUGCAGUCCCAGUCAAGAGAAGCAGCUGGACAUGGAGGUCUUGGAGCAGCUGAAGUACACGGGCUGUGUCAUCAAAGAGACCCUCAGGCUGAGCCCUCCUGUUCCUGGAGGAUUUCGAAUUGCACUCAAGACCCUUGAGCUAAAUGGUUACCAGAUCCCUAAAGGUUGGAAUGUUAUUUACAGUAUCUGUGAUACCCACGAUGUGGCAGAUCUCUUUACCAACAAGGAUGAAUUUAACCCGGAUCGCUUCAUGUCUCCAUCUCCAGAGGAUUCUUCUAGGUUCAGUUUCAUUCCUUUCGGUGGGGGCUUGAGGAGCUGCGUUGGCAAAGAGUUUGCAAAAGUCCUUCUAAAAAUAUUUACAGUGGAGUUGGCUCGGAGCUGUGACUGGCAGCUGCUGAAUGGACCUCCUACAAUGAAAACAGGCCCCAUAGUGUACCCUGUGGACAAUCUACCUACCAAAUUCAUAGGUUUCAGCGGCCAAAUCUGAGAGCCCGAUGCUUGCCUCCAGCUGGAUUUCUAUAUAGCAUCUAAUAUGUACAUAGUAACUUUUUAUAGUAACAAAGGCUUUUAAAUAUUUAAACUUGUAAAUGUACAAUAGUUAUUUAUGUCAUCUAAAUAUAUCAAAAGGCUAUGAUAUUUUUCCCCAAGCACUACAAUUAUGGGUCUCUCUCUGAUUCAUAAUUAGAUAAUGUUAUUUCUAUAGAAAUAAGUUUUCCCCUAUUUAAAAAUCUUAUUGAAAGCUGGCCAGCUAAGCAUUUGAAGACAUUUCACAAUGGUGUACAUAUUAAGAAAUGUUCUUAAAGGCAUUUGAAACAAUGGUAACUAGGUACUCAUCCAAAUUACCUAAAAUGGUUAUUGUCUGAGAAUGUUUUCAGGUUUUUUUGUGUCUAGAUCUUAUGUUUAAUGUGUGAAUUUUUGAGUUUGAUAAUAAAGUUUAUUUUUGAUGAUC